GAACGAUGGAUCAUUGGCGUCUGUACUGAAGACGUUGCUGUUUUUCACAGUCAUGAUGAUAACCCUGCCAAUAGGAUUAUAUUUUACAUCAAAAUCAUAUAUUUUUGAAGGUAAAUGUGAUAGCUAAGGGGGUAGCCCACGGCGUGCCCACCAAAAAUCUAAUUAUGCGCAGCAGGAGCCACAUUGUUGUUGUUUAGUGGAAUAUUUUAUGUAAAUGUUCCUAAUGUUUUUGUCAUUUUCUAAAGACAUCCAUUUCUGCCAUCAUGAGGGCUAUUCCAUAGGCCUACACUGUUUUAAUGUCAUAUACAAAAACAUGUUUUUCUCUCUUGCUUCCUUAGCUUCUGGAUAUUCCAGCAAUGACAGUUAUUUCUAUGCUGCCAUCGUGGCAGUGAUAGCUGUCCAUGUGGUCUUGGCCCUCUUUGUGUAUGUUGCAUGGAACGAGGGCUCCGGGUCACAUCAGACGAGAGAAGGAAAGCAGGAC